CAGAAUCGUGACCAGCAAGAAUGUAAGUUAGCAAAAAGCACUUACUGGAAUUUACUCUGAACCCACAUCAAUUCUAUCCACCUGCUGAAGAAACUGAAGAGUUUUUUAUUUGGUAGAGAACAACAAUACAUUUAUGGAAUAGGAGGUCCAUUUUCCUUGGUCUAGAAGACAUUGGAGUUGGAUAUGAUUAAUUUAAUGAUAUUUUGGAUUUCUGAAAAACUUUACAGAUUCUACAGUCACUAGGGAUGGUUAUAAGCUGAUUUAGUUACUGAAUUCUGGUUCUUAAUAUUCAUCUUUCAUAAUGUACAUAAAAUUGUACAGAGGAUGCUACUUAGCCGAUUUCCAGCAGAUGUAUAAGCAGUACUAAUAUGGAUUAUUUCAUUUAUUUUGUAUCUCUUAUUGGCAGCUUUGGAUCAUCGUCACUUUCUUUGUUAUUUCUAUGGAUUUUAAGCUUUGUCUGUUUUAACAAACUGGAAAAAUCUAUCAACCUGGAAAGCAUGAGCACUAAUACAAAGCAGAUGACUGGAACAGAAGAAACAAACAACAAACACACAGAAGAAACAGAUACACUGAGACCUCCAGAAUCCAGUUUGGCAAAUGCUGAGAAUUAUUUGGAGCUUUUUGCAAACUGGCUGUAUGAAGAAGACCAUACCAGGGAAGGACCACCCUCAGCAGACUGGCAUAUAUAUAACCUGCAGAACGCUUGUAAAGAACUGAAGAAGGUAAAGCUUGUAAUAAACUCUUUAAAGACAGAGAAUUGUGCUGAUUUAAAAAUAACUGAGGAAAGUAAGAGAACUCAGAGACUGGUUGAAUAUUUUGAAUACAUCAAGGCGUACAUCGACUUAAGGCAGCAUAUGCUGAACACAUUUAAGAAGUGUUUUGAGGUUUGGUUGGACCUGGGGAAACCACUGAAGACUUGGAUUGCAGAAACAUGGUCCCUGCAAGAGAUGCUCCAUGCCACAGUGUGCUCCAGUAAGGAGGAAAUUACAAAGCAACUCAAACUGCAAAAGUCUUUUGUUUUCAUUCAGGGCUUAAUUGCGGAAAGUAACGUUAUGGUAGGAAAACUUAUCAUAUGCAAGGCAACAGCGUCUGAACUUACAGAUAUAUUACAGGAAAUUAACAUUUGGUCUGAAAAUCUUCAACAUUUACUUCAUCCUCAGACUUGUCAAAAUGGAGUUAAAAAGUGGACUGAUGAGCUGAUUGAUUCAAUUUCUGAUGAGAUGGAGCAGAUCACACAGCGGUUUUAUUCAGUGACAAAUAUAAUUGAGUGUUUUCACAUUCAUCUUCAAGAUCUUCAGCUGAUGUGUCCAGAGAAGACAUAGGAAAUGACCUUACAUAAAACACGGGUUAUACUUCAUUACAUGAUUGCAUGAGCCAAUGGAUAAACUGGAGAGCACCUGAAGCUUGUUUUAUGUUUUUUUUUCUAGGCUGUGCUGUAGGUAUUUUAUUCUGUAAGCACAUCACACAGGAGAACAAAAGUCCAGAGAAUAUUAAUGUUAUUUACUAUUAUUUCUACAAUGAAGGUUACAUGGACCAUACCAUUUCCUCUAUGCAGUAGGAUCAAGACAAAGUUUUUUUUUAAAAAAUGUAACAAAUUAGAUUCUAAUAAAUGUUGAUAAUGAUUUUAUAAUAAAAUGUAUUAUUUUAUAUCUA